AUGAAGCUCUCUGCCGUCACUUUCAUUGCUCUCUCUGCCGUCUGUCUGGCCGCCCCCACCGCCCCCAAGCUGGUGGCCCGGGAAGACAACACUCUCUACAUUUCUGGCUCCAAUGCCACCCAGUUGGCCAAGGACUACGCUCCCGUCUACUCGCUGGCGCCUAACACGUUCGCCGCCGACGACGUUCAGCAGCCCAUGGGCUUCCUGGACUUUUCUGGCUACGUGCAGUUCAUCUCGGGUCUGCUGUUCACCGCCUCGGACUUCUUCAAGGCCGCCACUCAGGCUGUGACCGACGUUUCCAUCAACGAGCUCAACACUGCCAUCACCAACGCCAUCAUGGGAUUCCUCAAGUACCUUAACGCCUUCCUGGAGGCCACCAAACAGGGCACCCGGUUCGACAAGGCCGUGUACGCCUUCAUCAUUAACUCGGGAUUCAAGGACUUCCUCACCAACGUCGGAAUGUGGCUCGUCAACCUCUCCAACAAGAUUCUCGGCUCGCCCCUGCUCCAGGGCAUCGUCGACCUGCUCAAGAAGCUGUGGAACUGGAUCUUUGGCGGCAAGCAGACUGUGCAGAAGGCUCUGGGCAACGACGCCGACAUGACCGGCUUCAACCGAGCCCAACUCGCCAUCAACUCGCUCCAGUCCGCCGCCGAGCAGAAGAUCAAGAACGGUAGCAACUAG